AUGUCUUUCGUGGACGACAGCCAAAACUCUGCCCAGAGCAAGCUCGGUGGUGCGCGGAAGGCUGCUGAGCCUGGCCAGAAUGCGGUCAAGAGGUUGCAGACGGAGCUUAUGCAGCUCAUGACCUCGCCGGCGCCAGGCGUCUCGGCUUUUCCAUCGGCCGACGGCAACCUGCUUUCGUGGAGAGCAACAAUCGAAGGGCCCGAUGAUACUCCCUAUGCCGGUCUCACCUUCAAGCUGAGCUUCGAGUUCCCGCCCAACUAUCCGUAUGCUCCGCCGACCGUGUUGUUCCGGACCCCUAUCUACCACCCCAAUGUGGACUUUUCCGGCCGCAUCUGCCUUGAUAUCCUCAAGGACAAGUGGACGGCUGCCUACAAUGUCCAGACAGUCCUGCUGAGCCUGCAGUCUCUGCUGGGCGAGCCGAACAAUGCAUCUCCAUUGAACGGCGAGGCUGCUGAGCUGUGGGACAAGAACCCAGCUCUGUUCAAGACAAAGGUCCUGGACCGUCACAAGGACAUUGAGGACGAUUGA